GUGCCUGAUCCAACUGAUGCUAAAGACUAAGGGGGAGAUUUAUCAAAACCAGUGCAGAGGAGAAGUUGCUGAGUUGCCCAUAGCAACCAAUCACAUUGCUUCUUUCAUUUUUAACAAGGCCUCUGCAAAAUGAAAGAAGCAAUCUGAUUGGUUGCUAUGGGCAGCUUUUCCUCUGCACAGGUUUUGAUAAAUCUCCCUUUAAGUGUAUGGGCUCUGUCCAUGCUCCUAUAGGUUGCAGGCCUAUGCACGUACACACAUUUGUAAACCCAGAUACAUGACGACCCGUUACUAUGGGAAUUGACAUUAAGGCCGUGUCUAUGACUCCUGGACACCCUCUUGUCAGGAGUUCUAUGGCUACAAUGUGCUUCCCCAACCAUAGAACAUAGUUCUAGUCACGGGAGGCACCAUAAGGCAGUGUUUCCCAACCAGGGUGCCUUUAGCUGUUGCAAAACUACAACUCCCAGCAUACCAUGCUGAGAGUUGUAGUUUUGCAACAGCUGGAGGCACCUCGGUUGGGAAACACUGCCAUAAGGGCAUCGACAAGUAGAGUAUUAAACAAACAGCACAAUGCCGGUCCCAGAAGCUCCGCCAGCCGCAGGUCACUCGGUACACAUGGGCACAGGUCGGUACAGCUUGUCGGCCGACACUUAGGCGCUCACGUCUCUCCACGCGUAUCCUGCAAUAAAACAAUAACCUCGCAAGGCAGAAAAAAAAUCACUUCUUAGAGAAAAAGUGCACUGUUCAGGUGAAGCUGGAGCUGGGACACCGUGCUCAACUGAGAAAGAAGCCAACUACUGAGGGUUUUACACAUGACUGGAUGGUGUUUGUUCGUGGUCCUGAGCAGUGUGAAAUACAGCAUUUUGUAGAGAAAGUUGUAUUUCGGCUGCAUGACAGCUUCCCAAGGCCUAAGAGGGUAUGCAAGGAACCACCAUAUAAAGUUGAAGAAUCUGGAUAUGCUGGCUUCAUUUUACCUAUUGAAGUGUACUUUAAAAAUAAGGAAGAACCCAAGAAAGUUUGUUUUACAUAUGAUUUGUUUCUGAAUCUUGAAGGAAAUCCACCAGUAAAUCACUUACGCUGUGAGAAAUUGACUUUCAAUAAUCCCACCAAGGAAUUCCGCAGGAAGCUGCUGAAAGCUGGAGGGGUGAUGGUCAUGCCAGAGGGAGCAGAGACUUUAUCAAGGCCAAGCCCUGACUAUCCCAUGUUGCCAACAAUCCCUCUCUCUGCCUUUUCAGACCCAAAGAAGGCCAAACAGUCAUCUUAUGGAUCAAAGGAUGGUAAUAAAGAAAGUAGUAAAACAUCAAAACCCCAUAAAGUUACAAAAGAACACAAGGAGCGCAUGAGGAAAGAUUCAGAAAGCAAAAGUAAAGAGAGUGAUAUCAGCAAGCAAGUUAAGGAGUCCUCUUCCUCCAGAAAACCAGCUGAGGCCAGACCUCCCAAGGAAGAGAAAGCACCUAUUAAAGUAGCCUUUAAGGAACAAAAAUUAGCUUUGAAAGAGCCUAAGAUGGAAAAUAUGUCUCCAAAAGGUGCUCCAUCUGAGCCCAAGCCCUCAAGCAAAAGACCACCAAACAUAGACUCUCCUAAAUCUAGUAGCAAAAAGCUGAAAAAAGGAAACUCCAAAGGACUUGCAGUUUCUGGGACCUCCCCUCGGGGAGCGCCUAGCACAAAUAACACUAACAACACAAACUCAUCCUUCAUAGAGAAGAAAACAGUGAAGGAGAAACCAGGAAACAAAGCUGAUAGGAGUAAACCAGACACAGAUGUAAAGAAGCCAGUAGAAGAUGAUGAUUCCAACUCUGAUGAUGAAGGGUCUUCAAAAUCAGAGUCUGUUCCAUCAAGUCCUUCAAACAGCAGCUCGAGUUCAGACUCCAGCUCAGAGUCAGACUUUGAACCAUCACAAAACCACAGCCAAGGUCCUUUGAGGUCUAUGGUGGAAGGUCUUCAGUCAGAAGAGUCGGACGAUGACAGUUCAGGUGGUGAUGAGGCAGCGGUAAAGAAUAAAACAGCAGGUCGUGAUUCUCGAAUGAGUCUUAGUGACAGCGAAAGUGACAGUAGUGAUGACUCAUGCGCUCCCAGCCGUGGUACUACACCUAUACAGAAGAUGGCUUCAUCUAACAAGACCACUGGCCGUAGAAGUCCUGAGACCUGCAGCAAGUCUGAGAAAAUGUUAAAGAAAGGUGUUUAUGACAAGGCAUACACAGAUGAGCUAGUUGACCUACACAGAAGACUAAUGGCUCUACGAGAAAGAAAUGUCCUGCAACAGAUUGUCAACCUCAUAGAAGAGACAGGACACUUCAAUGUCACGAACACGACUUUUGACUUUGACCUCUUCUCACUGGAUGAAACAACUGUCCGUAAACUGCAGAGUUAUUUGGAAGCUGGAGCCACAUGACCCCAAGUAAUUGGUGAAGAAAAGCAUUGACGAGAGAGAGAGAGAAAGAGCGCGCGCGAGAAGUACAACGUGCAGAAGUUAUCUCUAAACAGCACCCUUCUUCCUUAGACUUUUAUUAUGGUCACUGCAAGGCACUUUUGGCACUGACCAGCUGCUCUUAGCAAAUAGGAUUUUUUAAUCCAGGUCGUUCCUUUUAAGGAGUUUAUUGCUCCACAUUUUAAUAAUCUGAGUGAAUUCAGUAUUUUAUCCUCUGUUGGAAUGUAAGAGUGUGCAGGAUGUGUAUUUCUCUUAAAAUACAGAUAUAAAUGACAGGGUGGAUGGUGCAGCUGUAAACAACACAAAAGUAGCACAGACAUCUGCUUAGACAGUUAUUUAUAUUUCAAUACAUACAUAUUCUGUUUCUAGGAGUAUUCACAGUCUUUAAAGCUGUAUCCUUCAAACUUCUGUUUCUGUAUUUUAAGUGUGUAAAACAUUUGUGCUAAACAUUUUGCUCCUGCAAAAAAAAACAACAAAAAUGGCAGCGUGGCAGUAUUGAUUCAGAGUCCAUGAUGUGCCUAAUCUCUGGUGGAGCCCCAUUUCUUUCUCUCUCUUAUCAACAUUUUGUGUUUAAUUCCAUAAUAUUCAAGGAGAUGAUGGAAGAGAAAAUACUGUAUUUAUGAUGUGUGAUGAAAGACUGAGCACUGGCUUCACUCUGCUUCAGAAACAUUAUGGAACAUUGAAUCUGUAAGCUGUAUAUUAUAUAUAUAUAUUAUAUAUAUGUAUGUAUGUAUUUUAUGUAUAAGAGGGCCUGGAGAGCCAGACUAUUACACUUUGUUUUUAUGUUGACGGUUAAGGGUGGAACAAGGAUAAUUUUUUUCUCGUUUCCUGCUUUGUGUUAUCUUUUUGAAUUGUCCGUCAUUUCAAAAACCUUUGACAUGUCACAGAGAUAUCUUAAAGUUUUGAUCAGUUUGUGUCUCAGCACUGAGACCCCCACAAUCAUUAGAAUUAACAGGGAGAAGGGCACUGUAACGCGAUUCACACUCCCGGCUUGCAGGAUCUAUGUUAUGCUUCACUGGGCAGCCCCAUAAACAUAAAAUGCGAGCUAGGGAGUGAAGCACGGAGAUCCUGACUGGUCAAAACUUUUGACUUCUGUGUGACAUCUCAAAUGUUUUUGGUGUUUUUUUUUUUUUUUUAUUACAGGGACACUUAAAUUUUAUAAUUUUUUUCUUUUUAAAGCAUGAAAUGGGAAACUUACCAAUUGCAAAUAUGUACAUCAGUACAUCCUGGUAUCAGAAUGAUUUGUAAGAGAAUAAAAGUUUUGUGAAUUAUGUCAAGUACAGGUACAAGUGUCUCAGGUAGGAAGGUGAGUAUUUAUAUUGGACACUGCUGACUGCAGAAAACCUUAAAGUGUACCUGUCAUAAACAAAAACUUUCUAUAAUGAAGAUAAUACCAUUUAUAUGUAUAUUUGUAAUAUACAUUGGUCAAAAAUGUGGAUAUUUUUGUCCCUAGAACGAUUGUCUGUGAGGAGUAGCAGGAUGAUUGGAAGGCCAGGAGCCUGUACAGAGCCCUGCUUGUCCCGCCCUCACUUCCUGUAUUUGGUCUUUUCAUAGAGACGCAGGCAGUAGCUGUAGGGACAGCAUUUUGUUCACCCAAAAAUAUACAUGUUUUUAAUCAAUGUAUAUUACAAAUAUACAUAUAAUGGUAUUAUCUACAUUAUAUAAAGAGUUAUUUUUUAUGAAUGUUACACUUUAAUAUAAGCAUUCUUAUGUUUGUGCAAUCUAGAAAUGUUUUCAGAGGCAUCAUGGACAUCAAACCCUAACAAUUUACAGUAUUGUUGACACAAAUAUAAAUGUAUACUGUGUUGACAGACAUCCUGCAUUUCCUACUUGAGUUUAAAAUUGUAACACAAUGAUAACUGGAGGUUUACAGUAAUUAUGUUCUAUAGAAUGACCCUGACCUGUACUAAACACUGUUUUUUUUUUUUGUUUGUUUUUUCCUUCUUUUUUUUUUUCUUCUUUUUUUUUUUGGGGGGGGGGUUAUAUUUGAGAUUGUUACACUCCUUUUCCAUAUGGUACUCAUUCUAGACUAUCAUCGGCCCCUUUUAGGACCAAACUUAGCAUUUGAUGUGUUUAAAGUGGUCAAAUCCAAUCUUUGGUCACUCUGUACCGUAUUAUCUGCCUCUGCAAAUCAUUUGUGUCAUUGAUAAUGAUGUUGGAGUAGUACUAGCUUUUACUCUUCCAUUUUUUUAAUUUUUUCUGAAAGAAGCAACACUACAAGAGUUCCUGUUCUGUCCAUUGCUCUAGAAUUGUCUCCCCUGGGAGGAUAGUACUACAUUUACAUUCUUUGUAUGUCCAUUGUGUUUGUAAGAACAGAUGUUUAGAGUUUCGGUCUUCCGCACAGUAUUGGAUUCCCUCCAUUUCAUAUCAGUAUUUGUUAUUCAUUAUAAAUGAAUUUCAUUUAGUCAUUGGCAGCAUGGAAUAAAAUGUAUCUCAUCUUUAGGAAGGGGUUUCAUUAGCCUUAAAGGUAUUAAAUACCAUUAAAUAAUAAGGGGAAAGGGAGAUAAAGCAUUCAUGGGAGAACCUUGUCUUAACCACUUUGAUGUCAGACUGGCCACAUCUCUCUACAGUUUUUAGCUAGACAUAAGGUGGCAUCGCUCUCACGUGAGAUACUUUGUAGCAAAUCUUGCAUUUUAAUGGUUACCGAGUUAUGAACACAUUUAACGUGAGACUUUGGGCUCUGUUAUCAGACUGUUUUAUUGUCCACAAAGUAUUUAUUAAUGUAUUAAGCAAAGAAAAGGGGUUAAAACCAAGCUCAGUGGUUGGAAACUGUAUUGCUAAUGAUGCAUAGAAAAUUCGGUCUUGUAUUAUUUUUAUUUUAAUAUUGGAAAUCUUGCAAGAGUUUUUAUAGGAAAAAAUAAAGAUGGAGAAAAUCUGAUGCAUAUUUUGGGUUCGUACUGAUUUUUAUUUUUUUAUAUUACUGCAGAGCAAGAUAUAAGGCACUUUCACCAGGCAUUUGUCAUACAUGUGUAGUUUAAGCAUGUGGAGAAUGAGAUAUUUUCCUCUAAUAAAAUAUAUUACAAAGUUUGGCCCACACUAAACCCGAUACACCUAUCUGCAUUUCUGCACCCAGUUCCUCUGAAGUUCGGCUUCUUCCAGCGCUGAAUUGC